UCUUUUUAUUUUCAAAAUUAAAAGGAAGAGAGAGAGAGAGAGAGAGAGAGAGGCAUAUAGCACAGUGUACAAAGAAGAUCAGCGGAAAGUAGCGUAGUAGAGAGAGAGAGAGGGGUGAAAAUGAGCAGCAUAGGCACAGGCUACGAUCUGUCAGUAACGACAUUCUCGCCGGACGGCCGCGUUUUCCAGAUCGAGUACGCCGCCAAAGCCGUCGACAACAGCGGUACGGUCGUCGCAAUCAAAUGCAAAGACGGUGUCGUAAUGGGAGUGGAGAAGUUGAUUGCUUCAAAAAUGAUGUUGCCCGGGUCCAAUAGAAGAAUCCACGCCGCCCAUCGCCACUCCGGCAUGGCUGUUGCUGGAUUAGCUGCAGAUGGCAGGCAGAUUGUGACAAGAGCAAAAUCUGAAGCAACUAACUAUGAGAGUGUGUAUGGAGAACCAAUUCCUGUAAAGGAACUUGCAGAACGUGUCGCCAGUUAUGUGCAUCUGUGCACACUAUAUUGGUGGCUAAGGCCUUUUGGUUGUGGUGUAAUUCUGGGAGGUUAUGAUAGGGAUGGGCCACAGUUAUACAUGAUUGAACCAUCUGGCAUAUCCUAUCGAUACUUUGGAGCAUCCAUUGGAAAAGGAAGGCAGGCUGCGAAAACGGAGAUCGAAAAAUUAAAGCUUUCAGAUAUGACAUGUCGACAAGGUGUUAUUGAGGUGGCCAAAAUUAUUUAUGGGGUGCAUGAUGAGGCCAAGGACAAAGCCUUUGAAUUGGAAAUGAGUUGGGUCUGUGAUGAGUCGAAUCGCCAACAUCAAAAGGUUCCAGACAAUCUAUUAGAGGAAGCUAAGGCAGCAGCUAAAGCUGCACUUGAAGAAAUGGAUGCAGAUUAGUUUUCACUCAUUUGCUUUGAUCAUUUUAUUUUUUUCUGCUUCGAAUUAUGUUGGUCAUGGUGUGGAAAUACGCGAAACGGCACCAAAGAUGAUGUUAAGUCAAUCGGAUUUUAUUAAACCUAUGAUCAUGUAUACUCUACACUUGCGAUGAUAUGCACAUCACCGUGAAGUUUGAUCGACCGAUUCGUAAUUCAUAUAUAAGAGAACAUCUUCAGUUCCAUAUGA